AUGCCUGCUGUCAUCUUCGACGGUCUGCCCCGCCAAACGGAAUCUGUCGCCGACCGCAGUGCGGCUCCGGUCACGUGGGACGGGAUAUCCUCAGACAUCAGCGACACCAUGAGCGCGGCGACAAAGCCACCCAAGGACCACUUCAAUGUGUUGUUCUUCGCCAGCGCCGGCUCCUUCACGUCCAAACAGUCUGAUGUAUUCCCUGCUCCGCUGCCGCUGAAGAAGCUUUUCGAAAUUCUCGAAGAGAGAUACAGUGGGAUCAAGGAGAAGGUUUUGGAGUCGUGUUUGGUCACAGUGAACCUGGAGUACGUCGACAUCCCCGGACCAGAAGAUGGGGAUGGGCCAAACAUCCAGGCUGGAGAUGAAGUAGCCAUUAUCCCGCCCGUCAGUUCGGGCUGA